ACUGUGUAGUGAAAUCUACCGACCACGGAUGCGUCGAUGUGAGUGCUAGGGGGUUUACUCGAGCAUUAUGGGUUGUAACUAUCCGCCAAUCAAAGACCGUGAAUUACUCAACUUUGAGGUGUCAUCUCCAUAUGCCAUCAAGGUCUGCCGAGGACCCUGCAUUAGCUUUACCAUCAAGGUUCUCCAUGUCAAAGUUUUAUGAUACUAUUACUAAUCACAAUGACAGGUAGGAAACUUGCCAAUAGGCGUUAUACGUACCGAUAAUCGAAAAUAUCGAGAUUCAUCAAGUACCUUUAACAAUGCGGGUGUACCUUCAAGGCAACUUCUUAGGAUAUACAAGCCAUCGGAGGCCAACAAGGUAUCCAAAGAUCGUCCUACGGGCAUGCUAAGAGAUGACGAGCCAGCAUGCAGUUUCUUGCCAUGAACCAAUGGGCGGAUAGUUGUUUCCAAGCUUUUACCCUAGCCCUACUUGAGUUGAGUAGGAACUGGCUGAUGGUAUAAAACGUAACGACCCUAUGGGCGGACUCGCACAAGAAAGGCAUUUGGACUCUCUGUAGAAACCAUUCGAGUAAGUGCCCGUAAACCUGUAUUUCGAUUCAUCAUUGAACCAAGUUCCCAUAAUGGCCCCAGCAAUCCUAAUCGACACUCCUGAUAAGGCCGAACAAAGGCUCCCAGUCACGCUCCUCAGUGGCUUUCUAGGGUCGGGAAAGACAACUCUACUAGAAAACAUUCUGACAUCCCCUGAUCAUGGCCUUCGAAUUGGUGUCAUAGUCAACGACGUUGGUGCGUUGAAUAUCGAUGCGGCCCUGCUUACAUCACACGAUGUGACUCGUAAAGAGGAACAAGUUGUGGCCAUGCAAAAUGGUUGCAUCUGCUGCACUCUACGAGGGGACUUGCUAGAAGAGGUCGCUAGAUUGGCUGGGGAGAAACAGGUCGAAUAUCUCGUCAUCGAAAGUUCAGGGGUUAGUGAACCUAUGCAAGUUGCCGAGACAUUCUCAGAAGAGUUUGCCGAUAUGCAUAUUGCUGCAGGCUACGAUCUCGAAGUGGAAGACCAAGGCGAUAAAGAGGCGAAUAAGAAGCUGGCGAAGAUCUUGAAAGCCGGUGGUCUAUCUAAAGUUGCUCGCUUGGACACCUGCGUGACCUUGGUAGAUGCCGUCAACUUUAUGCAGGACUUCGCGACGGCUGAUUUCUUGGUUGACCGACAGACGGACGUUCCUCAAGAGGAUGACCGUAAUAUCUCCGACCUACAAGUCGACCAGGUGGAAUUCGCCGAUGUUGUGGUUGUCAACAAGUGUGACCUUGUCUCCAAGGAGGAGGUCGAUAGGAUCAAAGGUGUGGUUAGGAAACUCAAUCCUAGUGCGAAGGUCGUCUCAACUGUCAAGUCCCGCCUAGAUCUAACUGAGAUCCUCAACACUCGGUCGUUUUCGUAUGAGAAGGCAGCUCUUAGCGCCGGUUGGCUGAAGAGUUUAAAUGAGGAGAUCAACCCAGAGACAGAGGAGUACGGGAUAGGGACAUUUGUAUACCGAGCCCGUCGUCCUUUCCAUCCAGCACGACUUUGGGAUAUGAUCAAAUCUGUUUUUGUCGUUAUUCAGACCGAGUAUCAAGUCGAAGGAGAGGAGAUGGACGUUGACGACGACGACGACGACGAUGUUGACGGAGAGGGUAAUGAGGACUCAGAGAUGGAAGAUGAACAACCCCAACUUGACCCCAAAGCUCGAUUGGCUUCUAAAAUGGCAGAUGAUACAUUCGGUCCACUGCUGCGAUCGAAGGGAUUCCUAUGGUUGGCGACUAGACCAAGGAUGUACGGUGAAUGGUCGCAGGCAGGCGUGAUGCUGACUAUCUCCGGUCAAGACCUCUGGCGAUGCGAAAUCCCGGAGGAUGAAUGGCCCGCGGAUCUCGAAACAAGAAAGGCGAUUACGAGGGACUUCGAUGGUAAGUGGGGUGAUCGGCGACAAGAGCUGGUCUUCAUCGGCCAACAGAUGCGAAACGGAGGUGAGGAGCGGCUACGAAAGGCUCUCGAUAUUUGCCUUCUGGAUGAUGAAGAAUUCCGUGAUUGGGAAUCGGCCAUGGAGUCCGAUAACGUCCAAGAUAAGUUAGACGAACUCUUUGAAGAUGGAUUUGAGGACUGGAUUGAAACUAGCCACGAAGGUCACGACCAUACUAACGGGCAUGGCCAUGAAGACAACAAACACUGA